AUGGCUUUACAGAAUUUUAAAUUGAAUACAAUUUGACAUGACGGCAAAAAAUGUUGGUUUGACUUCUACAAAUGCAGAAUUAAGAGGAUUUAUAGAUCAGAAUCUCAGUCCAACAAAAGGUAGAUGAGCCCUGCCGUGUAUCCUCCUCUUGCUCCUUUAUGUCCUCAGCAGAGCUAGCAGUGCCACCUUGCCAGCUCCUUCAUUGCUUGCACAUCAGAUUGAAAAUACGUGUAUCUUUUACUCACUGCCAGUUCUGCACUGUCCAAGAGAUUGCAGUAGCCUACAGCUAUGGAAAUGACAACCUACUAAAAGGAAUGCAGCAACUCAAAAGAGGGAAUAUCCCUGGAUAAUCAGAUUCCUCCUAUGGAGGCAGAACUAAUGGAAAGGUAACGUUUCAUUUGUUGCAUUUCCAGUUUCCAGCACCAACUCACCAACAAAGAUUUUACCAAAAACCUUAGGACCAAUAAAUGUGAAUGUUGGACCCCAAAUGAUUAUAAGUACACCACAGAGACUAACCAGUUCAGGAAGUGUUCUGAUUGGGAGUCCAUAUACCCCUGCACCAGCAAUGGUUACUCAGACACACAUAGCAGAAGCUACUGGCUGGGUCCCUGGUGAUAGAAAACGGGCUAGAGAAUUUAUAGACUCUGAUUUUUCAGAAAGCAAACGAAGCAAAAAAGGAGAUAAAAAUGGAAAAGGCUUGAGACAUUUUUCAAUGAAAGUGUGUGAGAAAGUUCAGCGGAAAGGCACAACAUCAUAUAAUGAAGUAGCUGAUGAGCUGGUGUCCGAGUUCACCAAUUCCAAUAACCAUCUGGCAGCCGAUUCGCAGGCUUAUGACCAGAAGAACAUUAGGCGAAGGGUUUAUGAUGCUUUAAAUGUGCUAAUGGCAAUGAACAUAAUUUCAAAGGAGAAAAAAGAAAUCAAGUGGAUCGGCUUGCCUACCAAUUCUGCUCAGGAAUGUCAGAACCUGGAGAUCGAGAAGCAGAGGCGGAUAGAACGGAUAAAGCAGAAGCGGGCCCAGCUUCAGGAACUUCUCCUGCAGCAAAUCGCUUUCAAAAACCUGGUACAGAGAAAUCGGCAAAACGAACAGCAGAACCAGGGCCCUCCAGCUCUGAACUCCACCAUUCAGCUGCCAUUUAUAAUCAUCAAUACAAGCAGAAAAACAGUCAUAGACUGCAGCAUCUCAAGUGACAAGUUUGAAUAUCUUUUUAAUUUUGACAAUACCUUUGAGAUUCAUGAUGACAUAGAAGUGCUGAAGCGGAUGGGAAUGUCCUUUGGCCUGGAGUCAGGCAAGUGCUCCUUGGAGGAUCUGAAACUUGCUAAAUCACUGGUGCCAAAGGCUUUAGAAGGUUAUAUCACAGAUAUCUCCACAGGACCGUCGUGGUUAAAUCAGGGACUGCUUUUGAACUCUACCCAGUCAGUUUCAAACUUAGACCUGACCGCUGGUGCCACCUUGUCCCAAUCAAGUGCAAACCAAGGGUUGUGCUUGGAUGCUGAAGUGGCCUUAGCAACGGGGCGGCUCCUGGCCGCAGACACUCACCGGUCCGGCAGUGCGGCCUCCCACUGCUCUGAGUCCCGAGGCGAGACCCCCUGUUCCCUCAACGACGAGGACGAGGACGAGGACGAGGAGGACUCCUCCUCCCCAGAAUAAAGACAGGCGCAGACCCACGUUCUGCUCUUUGAUGCUCAUGUGUGUUUUUAGUGUGAGCUCUUGUGUUUGAAACGAUUGCUUCGGUCUUUGCCUUUGUUUGCACUGUGUGUUCAGUGAAAACUAGGGAAACACAAUAAGCAAAUUACCUGAAGGCUGAGAGGAUUGAGGUGAAAGUUAACGUAGUGUGAAUGAAAACCCUGAACGACAGAGCAGUAGAUCACAUGGCAAACAAAGCACGUACUCGGAGGUGGCAGAGGGGAUAGUCCCUGACUUGGCAGCACGAACGCAGCGCAUUUAUCUUCCGUGAGGCGGGGCGCCGUGGCCCCCAAACCCACGCAGCCCUCCUUAUUGCCGAGGUGGCUCCAUGAACAGUCCCCGACGGCCGUGUGCCCCACGCCCCGCUCCCUGCUCUGGGCUGCCUUUCACGAGGCGGAGCUGAACGCGAGAGGUUCCCGGUGGGAGGAGCUGUACAGCGAGGGAUGGAGACCCUCGUGGCCCAAGGAGCACAGAUUGAACCGCUGAACUAGUUGAAAGUCUAGUCGAGGUGCUUUACGCAUCAGCUGCCUUAGACGGCUUCUAGAAAGGAGCGAACGCUAAUUCUUGAGUACUUAAGUGACAUUUAGAAUAAUUUAUAGUCAAACUGAAAUGAUCACUAUUAGCCAAUGCAUUGGUGCAUAGAAUUUUCUAGGGCUACUUCUGGAAGCCAAAAUAGAAUAGCAUUUCCACGUGCAUUAAAUACUUUGCCAGCACUGCCUUUCGCCAGCAACCUAAAUCUGGAGUUUUACAAGAGAAGAAAAUUGUCUCUAUCGUUUUAAUCAGAGCUAUGCAUUUCAUACCGCUUUUUCACCUAGAACAAAACAAAGGAACAAGUCCCUAUGACCGAGUUGCUUGCUUACAAGUUCCCUGCCGUAAUUGUAUGAUUUCACCCCGUGUGCAAUUUGUGAAAAUGAACUGUCAUUACUUUUGUCUGAAAAGUAUUUCCAGAAUACGAACAGCAAUGUUUUCCUGUCCAUGUCACCUUUGGUACAUUCUCAUUCAUCAAAAUGACCAUAUUGGGUUGAUUCCUGGGUCAAACGCAUUUCAAACUCACCCGAUAUUCAGUGUUUCACAGAAACACCAAAAAACGUUGAGCACUCCAGGUGACUGGGUGUGCGGUAGAUCAGGACAUAGACUGUCAGGUCAGAGCCAAAGAUGCCGCUAGGAACCGCGCACUGCUGGGUUCACUUCCCGCCCCUCUGAAUAUGAGUGUGGAGACACUGCCACCACAGCCAAACCCCGACCUAAGCGCACAUUAGUUAAGGUCUUGGAAAGGAGCAAACGAUAAUGGAAGAUUAACUCUAAAUCUCUGACUUGAAUCAUUUGGAUUUGCCCCGAGAUUAUGCAUCCAGCGUCUGUGGGCUCAGCGCUGAGCUCAGCCCAAACCGGCUCUUCCCUAAGCCCCGCAGGGGAGCGCGGGAGCCGGUGCCCACAGUGAGCCGGCGGGGAAGGGCCUGGCUGACCCAAACAACCAGUACACAAGGAUGUACAACUCUAAGUUCCUUUGAGACAAAACGCAUUCCAUCAGGAAUAAGCCAUAGCGCAGACUCAGAGUGCGGAGGGGCCGGAGAGGUGGAGGCAGGUGCAGGAGAGCCCCGUAGCAGCCUGAGUUCCGGGCCACCCUGAGGCCGGGGUGGGCGCGGGAGGGAGGGCCCGAGGGCCUCCAGGGCACGUUCUGCCUGGAAGGUGUCAGCUGCACCAUCAGGGAAAAACCGGGUCUCCUUCAGGCUGCCUCUCCCUCUCCCGAGCCCAACUUUUCUUGCCCCUGGACUUGAAAGGGCCCCAGCGGGGACCUGGAGAGGCCCAGGGCCACAGCGGGCUUUUCAGACUUCAGAAUACCAUGCCGCAGGUCCCAGGGCCACACAUCAGCGUUCAUGACAGGUACACCAAUCGUGAGCACUCCUCUACCAGGUAGCAGGCUCCUUGCCAGAGUUCGUGGGGCACCGAUCCCCUCCCUCAUCUGUUCUCUCUCUGCUGCUGAUAAAAUAUGGGUUUAAAAGAAAAAGCAACCAAAGACUCCUCUUACCAUUCGUUACUGGUGCCCCAUCAGUGGCCUCCACAGCCAGCGAGCAGCGUGUGGUGUUUGUUUGGCAGGAAGUGGCCUCCGUUCCUCAGUGACACCCUUGGGUUACUGCUGAGGACGCCCAGCAGAGUCACACUGUGGUCACAGGUGUGCUGUCACGGGUGUAAGGCUUUACCUGAGCAGAAAGCUAGACUCAGAUGUUUAGAAAGAGAAAUUCUGUCAUUCUUCUGCUUCUCCCCUAAACAGAUUUAUGUGGUUCUGAAGUUCAUUACUCAGUCACAAUUUCAUAUAGAAAUCAAACAGAAAAAAAAAAAAAGGAAAU